GUAGAAACAUGACAGUGCAACAUGGCAGGCUCCAUGGAAGAAGUCCCACUUCCCAUGUAGAUAUGAAGGCUCAUUCUAAGCAGGCCAGCUGGUGUUUGAGGACUUCUUGAGGACAGAAUCCAAUGAGGAGAACUUUCUAUUUUGGCUGGCCUGUGAGGACUACAUGAAAAUUACCACUGAGACAAAAAUGACGGUUGCUGCCAAAGGGAUCUACACAAAGUCUGCCCAAGUUGAUGCGCCUAGACAGGAUUGAUAUUGUUCUUAAUCGAUACAGGCGUAAAAAUGACAUCCACUGCAUCAGGGUUCAUAAAACAAACGAUGAGACAUAUCCUGAAAAAGUCAGUUGGCAGUCUGACCAUAAACUCCACCCGACUCUGGAAAAAUUGCUGCGAGAUAAAAACUAUUUAGCAGCGUUCCACUCCUUUCUGCAGUCUGAGUUCAGUGAAGAAAACAUUGAGUUCUGGCUUGCAUGUGAAGACUUCAGGGCGACCGCCUCACCAGACGACCUCCGCUGGAAAGCACAGCAGAUCUACCAGGAGUUCAUCCAGCCUACAGCCUGCAGAGAGAUCAAUGUAGACCACCAAAUUAGAGAGAAGAUCAAGGAGUCCUUGGAGAAACCAAGCCCGUCCUGCUUCAAUGAGGCCCAGAAACAUGUUUACCUUCUGAUGGAAAGAGACUCUUGCCCCAGAUUCCUGCACUCAGAUGCCUACCUGAGUGUAAAGCACAAGUCUAGGACUCUGUGGUACAUUUAGACUAUUGUUCCUGUCAAAGCACUGUAUCAACACUGCUUUAAAAAAAAAAAAAAUCCCCACUUUCUGUCUUUUUGAGAAGUUAUUUCACACCGUAUGAAAGGGGAAGCUUAGAUAUCAAAACUGUUUGCUUUUAACGGCAGAGCAUCUCAAAUCCAAACUGCAACAAUGUUUUCAAGCAUGUGCAACAGCGAACUCUGUUUUUAUGAUGGUUGUAAUGUACUGAGGAAAUGUUGUGGGGAAUGAUUAAGCAGAACAAACACCAUAAGAGAAAAGUAAUGUGUGUGGAAUGAAGAAACUGACAUGAGGAUAUUUUACGUGGGUAAAAGAAAGAGGGCUGUUGGUACUGUAUG